AAUACAAACAGGAUGUGCUUAACUUUCAGUUUUAUCGAAUUCGUUAAAGGCGUAAUUCUCUAUAUUUUUCUGACACAAUCCAUGAUUUUCUGGCUCAGAACAAAGACAUACUUAACAGACGAUGCGGAGAUUGCAGCCAUUGCAACCAAAUACGCCCAAACAGGUCAGGGAGUGGAGUUUUCCUAUAGUAAGAUCAAGACGGAGCUACGUAAGCGUUUCCCUGGACACAUUCUGUCCGAGGAGGAUGAACAGUGGAUGUUUAUGAAUGCUAGAAGUUGGAAGGGAAAAAUGUGUAUACUGCAUGCAUCCCUGUCAGAAUACAUUUUGCUUUUUGGAACCGAUGUAGACAUUGUAUCAUUCUUUGGAAGGUAUUGGGCCAAUACUUCAUACACUAUACUGACUGGGUCAUGCAGGCAGUGGAAAUUUGGUCAACUGUCCUCCAAAGUGUUUGCACCAGACAUUUACUGUCAUUGUAACCAAAUCGGGACACUUGUGGGAAAACGGCCCAAAAAACUGUCAUCCAAUGCAAAGAAGUACUUGAGAAACUGUUUUCCACACCUGGGACGAAGUUUCCCCGUUCGAAUUGGAAGCUGGCACGUUGAUGGUGGAAUAUGGCCGCGGAUUCAUCCCUUACACAUUUGGUUUUGCCUUAGCGGACAAAUUCAUCACAGACUUUUUGACACUGUUUUACACAUUACGUGUAUAUAGCAAAGCAUUGCUAACAGAAAUUAGAGUUUAUUUGAAAGAUCUAUUAUGAUUUAGAAUUAUUUAAAAACAAAUCGGCUUCAAAAAAGAUCUCAUAUUCAUACUUGCCAACUUUUUGAAAUUUCCAUGGGAUUACAUAGAUAACGCAUGUUCAGAAUUAAAACCAUGAAUAAAUAUGUGUAUGUACACCCUAGGGAAAAAAUAACAAUUUUAAAUGGUAUAUUUUGAGCUGUUCUUUCAGAUGAAAUCAUCAGAUCUUAGAAAGUAGGACCAGAUUCAGACUAAGCAAAUUCACUGGUUGAAAAUGCUCAAUUUAUGGGUCCAAAAUGGGGAGUCUCCCUCCUAAAUUGGGAGUCUCCUUCCUAAAUUGGGAGUCUCCCUCCUAAAUAGGGAGAUUUGGCAAGUAUGCAUAUCAAUAGCAGUGCUGAGAUUUUUAAAAUGCAUGGUAAUAUUCUUAAGUACAGGUACUUAUCUGUUAAUAUAAAUUUGGUCAUUUCUACUUUUUGAGGAUUAGAUAUGUAAACCAUCCAAAUAUCAUAAGACAGUAUACAUUUUCUAACACAUAUUUCUUUUGAUAUAAUACAAGUAAUGUAAAUGUCAACAUUUCAUAUGAUAUUUGUGUUGGAUCAGUUAGGAUAUAUUAUGUAUGAAUAUUUCACACAAAUGUUUAAAAAAAUCAUUCACAGUCCCUCCUAUAGUGGAAAUUUCAAUUUUGUGGUUUGAAGAAUCCUUCAAUAACAUAUUUAAGGAAAUAUAAAUUUUAAAGAUGAGAGAACAAUACAUAGUUGGUAAAUCUUUGUUCUUUAAAUGUGUAUUUUAGAAUGAACAGAAAUAAAAACUGGUAAAAUGCUAUUUUGUUGCAGGCACCUUAGCUAGAUCAUGCAUAUCAUCUUUUGGUUUGACACUGUCUGGACAAAAAAUAUCUCCAGACUCUUAUUAAUUAUUGUAACUGUGUUAAGCGUUUUGAUAGAGUAAUAAUUAAAACAGCACAAAAGAUCAAGUUGUCGGAAAAUCAUCACUUUUAUAAAUAAGUUCAUGACAUGCCCAUCUUUGUUGUUUGAAAUGAACAGAUACCUUAUAUAGGGUCAUUGCCUUAAACCUUAAAUCCCUAUAUAACUUAUAUACCAUACAUUGAUCUGGAUAAGUUCAUUAUGGAUGACUAAAUGGUGAAAGGGUUAAUGCAUGAAUAUAUACACUUGUAAAUAUUUGUUGACAGAUGACGGGUGAAAAGCUGAAGAUAUAUAUAUAUAUGUUCCUUUGAUCAGCACGUAACAAGACACUAGGAGAGGGGCAGGUUUUCCCUGUUUAGCAUCAAUAUGAUAGUUUUCGCGGUUUUCUAGAGUGUUUUCAAACAUUGUCAUUAUUUUAUUGAAAAUUUCAUUAUUUAUCUUGAAUCAACUGGUGUUACCAGUUAAGAAAUUGUGAUGAAAAAUGGAAAAGGACUUUAAAAUGCAAUGUGGCAAUUGAAACCAGGUUUCAGAAUGUAAAUGCUUGCAUCUAUUCAUAUAUAUUUAUACAUUUAUAACAAAUGGGUAUACAAAUUAUUGAAAAAAACAUUCCUCUGUAAGUCCGACGGAAGUUGAGUAUAGGAAUUGAAGUCCAAAGGACCCGAAUGAUAAACAUAAUAGGAUUUUUUCAAUUUGUUUGUUGUACAUGUAUCGUUUUGUCAGUUUUAUAUAUUUAUAUAUUUUUGUACCUGAAAUUUUAUGAAUAACUUGAUUUGAUAUGAUACCAAACUUUUUCGAAGCAGUAGCUAUGAGCUUUUUUGAUUUAAAAACAUGUAGAAUAAAAAAUUCCAAUAAGUAACAAAUGCAAAAAAUAACUUAUCCUAUAUAUAUGAAAAGGGUUCCUUUUCAGUUCUUUCAACUCCAAUCCGAAUCUCAUUCAUUCAUCUAAAUGUACAUGUAUGUGUUCCUUUUGUUAUUUGUCACCGUGAUAAAAUCUCAUUUAGCAAAUAUGAUAGAUUUCCAUCAUCAGUGUAUCCAUUGAAGUGUUGAUGAAUCAUAGUAUUUUAGGUGAUUCCUAACACUAGUUAUGAGAAUAGUAGCAGAAUAUUUUUUCGUAUAUUUGCUUAGCUCAUUCAACCCUGAAGACAAGUUUGACCUCUUCCAAUUCAAAGGUUGGAUUAGUUCAUUAAGAAAUUUCAGGAGUGAAUGAGUCAACUAUCAAUUUUACAGGACCAACUUUACACAUAUUUAAGAUGCAGUGGUCAUAACACAUAGUGCUAGGGUAAGGGCGGAUUAAUUUGUUAUUCAUUUCACAGUAAAGUAAAACCUAGUUAUACUGCCACCAUUUGUCCAAAGAAAUUUUGGUGUUAUAAAGGGGUUUUCCGAUAAACUGACAAUUUGUCAAAACCAAUUGUUCAAUAGAGAUUAACCUAUCCAAAAACUGUAAUAUAAAGUUUAUAAAAGUCUUUGUAAAAUGUAUUUAUAAUAUUCCUACUGAUACUGUAUAUUGUAAGUAAAAUGCUUUUUCUGCGUUUACUAAUUUUUCUGUCGUGACAUGGUAUCCAUUGUCUGGCAACCAUUUGUCAACUUUUUAUUUAAAAAAAAAAACCCAGCUGUAUUUCUUUUGACAAGAUUUUGUGUGAAGCAUUCCUUGGCCUAUCAACAAAAAAUAUUAUUAUAAGCCAGUAGCAACAAACAGUAUUACACAUGAAUGGUUUUCAAAUGUUUGGACAUGUUCGCCUUUCUGUUCGAGUAAUCGCGGACCAAUCCUUGCAUGAUAAAGUAUGAUGGAAAUUGAUGGGAGCUAUUCAUUGGUUUCUGUUUGACAUUUAUUACUUGACGGAACUAGUUACCUUAGAAAACAUGACGUCGUUCCAACAAAAUGACCAUUCACCAUUUGGUAUAACAGUUUAAAAUGUGUCAUACGAACCAAAGGAAACCACAAGGAAAGAUGGAAUACAAUAUUUUGAAUGUGAUUUUGUCAUCAAUAUAAGGUUUGAAAUGCAUCUUUCUAAUAUUUUAACCAAAUUAAGGUGGUGUACACCAACUUCUGUUCAAGUAAAUUCUUCAAGAUUUGCAUUGUAUAGUGCACUUGAUUAACCUCAAAAGUUAACAUGCACAACUGAAGACUAAGGGGAUCCUACAUAUCAAAUUUGAGAAAGAUUCCUCCAAUACAUUCUGCGAAAUAGCGAUAACAAACUUCAACUGCAACACGAUGACCACCCGUCUGCAUGUUGGUUUUCAGAUAAGUCCAAAAACAUAAUAUGCAUAACUAAGAACCAAUAGGAGCCCUUAUGUGAAAUUUGAGAAAGACCCCCUCCUUACAUUCAUUCUCAAAUUAAACUUUCGGCCAUCUUGGUUUUCCCUUCAGUCCCUAAAUUUAAUAUGCGUAAAUAGGUAUCAUGGGAAACUUUCAUGUUAAAUUUGCGAAAGACCCCUCCAGUACUUUCUGAAAGAUAGCACUUAAAACACUUUAAUAACUUUCAAAUUCAAGAUUGCUGCCUGUGAGCCAUCUUGGUUUUCCUUCAGUCCCGAAAUUUGCAUUCAUAACUUAGAACCAUGGGGAACCUUCAUGUGAAAUUUAAGAAAGAUCCCUCCAGUACUUGCUGAGAAAUAACGCUAACAAACUUUAACUCUCAAAUUAUAGAUGGUUGGUUGUCACCUAUCUUAGUGAUGUGGUCAGUCCCAAAAAACGAUAUGCAUAACUAGGGAUCAUGGGGAACCUACAUGUGAAAUUGGAAAAAGAUCCCUACAGUACUGUCUGAGAAAUAGCGCUCACAAACUUGAACUCUCAAAUUCAAGAUGGAUGGCAGUGGGCCAUCUUGGUGUUACGUGGACGUGGACAUGGUUCUAAUCUGGGUCCAUUAUAUCUUCUGGUUGAAUGUAUCUAUGUAAUGUGUUUAAAAACAUAUAAAUAAUGCUUAUUGUAUUUGUUGCAUGCUGAAUCAGCUCGAAAACUUGUGAGGUUUGAAGCUUGAGGAUGUGAUACAUUGAUUUGCAAUUCUUGUUUUUCAACCUUUUGGUGAAACACCCUGCGCUUGAUCGUUGAUAAAACCUUUUCUGAACAAUAUGUCGCUUUACAUGUUCUAUACAACUCAUCAAUCGUUUGUGAGAUAUUAAUGAAUUAUUAUAUUAAAUUACAA